AGUGUGGAGAAAAUGCCCUCACAUUACAGCUGAAGGAGGCAUUGAUCUAGUGGCUGAAAUGAGUCCUUGCAGUACAUCUUGCCGGCAAUAGCGUCUCGCAGGGAGAGCUCUUUCGAGCUAAAUCCCCUACACCUCCUGCCCCCAUCCCACCACUCUCCUUUUUCUUCAACUUACCUGAGUGCUUCAGCUACGCUCUGUUUGGUGACUUCACUCUUCUGUAUCCCUCCUCUAGGAUGGCAGAGGCCGAACUGCGGAAACAGAGACUUCAAGCCAUAGCAGAAAAAAGGCAGAGGCAGACAGAAAUCGAGAACAAACGACACCAGCUCGAGGACAAAAUACUUCAGCUGCAGCACCACAAGUCCAAAGCCAUGCGAGAAAGAUGGCUGCUGCAAGGAAUCCCUGCCUCAUCACCUGAAGAGGAGGAAGCAAGGACCAACCAGGUCCAGCUGGAUGAGAACAAGGCAAAGAAAUUAGAAGAAGCCAUUCGCAGACUCGAGGUGGAAAUAGAACAACUUGAGAGAGAGGAAUCCCAGAUCGCUGCCAAGGAGCAAAUCAUUCGGGAAAAAUUAAGGGAAGCAGAGAAAUCGUUUGAGGACCUGCAGAAGAGCUUCUCCAAACCCGAUGGGGCAAUGUAUGCCAUGGAGGUCACCGUAGAAAAGGACAAGCUAACAGGGGAAUCUAAGGUUCUCUCCGCAACUCCCGUGGGUCCUGAGGGAGUUCACCAGAGAGGGGUUAAGGUGUACGACGAUGGCAACAAGAUUGUAUAUGAGGUACAUUCUGGAGAAGCAGUGGUGGAGAAUGGGGUUCAUCAUUUGACUACGUCAACAGUGGACCAACUGAUAAACAAAGCAGGGAGAACGAAUGUGGUCAGUAAAUGUGCAUCGGAAAGCAGUACAUCCCGGGACGAUUGCCAGAAUGGUGGGGAUAGCGGACUUAGAAAGGACGUGGUCGGGAAGGAAGCCCGGCUGAAGGCUGGCCAGGCAGGAAAGGAGGUGCAGCCAAUCCCUCCGGGGGAAGCUCCCGAGGCCAGCGUCGAACAGCCAGUGACAAUGAUCUUCAUGGGGUAUCAGAGCGUGGAGGACCAGGAGGAAACCAACAAACUUCUGGGAUAUGAUGGCACCAUCCAGGCUGAGCUGGUGCUGAUCGAUGAAGACGACGAAAAAUCAUUGCGAGAGAAGACUGUCACGGACGUCUCGACGACGGAUGGUAACGCUGCGGAACUGGUGGCCGGCAAGUCCAUGACCGAGGCUUCUGAGACCCUCUCAGCAGAGGAGAACGAAGGGACGGACACGCGGAUGGAACCAGUCGCAGGUACAGGCAAGAAAAAGCGCUGGGCAGAGGUAAGCCACACCCAUCAAUCCAAAGAGUUGGUUCAAUCAACUGAGUUUGACAUCGCUGGGACACAACGGACUACAGUGAAACCUGCUGCCAAGCUCCUGGAGGAUGGCACUAAACUGAAGAAGGACAAGAGCAGCAGAAGCUCUGACUCCCUAAACUCCAACCAUCAGACGUCUGGGCAGGAGGACAGAAUGGAGGUGGACAACCAGCUGAGCGGUCCCAAGACCAUGAACACAGCCGUGCCCAAGGUCGUGACAUCGGAGUCCACCCCCCUGGACAGUGAACUACUUUGCCAUGACAAGAAAGAGCACAAUGGCAUCCAGAGUAGGCAUGAAUCACUGGACAGCGAUGUUGCGAAGGAGAUCAGGUACCUCGACGAGGUCUUGGAAGCAAACUGCUGUGACCCUGUUAUGGAGAAUGGGUCGAAUGCACCACCUUCUCCCGAGCCGUGCCCAGUCAUGGCGGACAGUCGAGUUCCUCCCAAUCCCAUGGCAGCAGACCCUUCAGAUUCACCCCUCACCAGGAAGGAACCAGCACUCACUGAGCAACAGGUGCAGGGUGAGAGUGAGGUUAAGGUGAACGGUCUUUCACCGAGCUGCCCUGAAGCAUCACCCAUUGCCAAUCAGAGCAGAGAGCAGACGGAAAAUUCCAGAAAGCCUUCCAGGGACGGCGAGCCGGUCAUCAUCCCCCUGAAGAAGGAGGCCAGGUUCGAGCUACGGGCUUACCAUGAGGACAAAAAGCCCUCCAAGCUCUUCGUGGAGGACGAGAAAAGCAAAAGCUAUAAGAUUAAGAAGAGCAGAGCCUCGGACGAGAUCGCGGAGCUGGAACGGGCCCGGCUGGAGGUCAUCCGGAGCCAGGUGGUGAGGAAGAACCCGAGCAUCACAGAGAAGUGGAAGCCCCCCCAGGAGAAGUCCCUCGAGCAGCAGCUGGACCCAGAUAAGCUGGAAUCGCACAAGAAGUAUGCCGAGCGCAAGCAGAGGAAGCAGGGAGGGAACCUGUCCCCAGUUUCACCGAAGCAAAAAGCCCCUGUGUUUGUGCCACCGGAGCCUGUCAGCAUCAACAGGGAAGACAUCGUCACAGAACAAAUUGACUUCUCUGCUGCCAGGAGACAGUUCCUACAGAUGGAGAGCGGGCCUGAGGUCACCGCGCAUCACGGACAGAGGCAGAUGGGGAUCACCAGAGGGGUCUCUGCACGUCCGGCGCAGAAGCUGGCAGAGGCACCCCAGAAGGAGAGGACGACCGUUUCAGGUGGAGUGACGGGGACGAGUGGGGCUCAGGGGCUGCCGAUGCAGGUGAGUGUCAGUGAGGUGUCCAUCGUCAAGGUGUCCAAAGUCAGCAUCGUGCCUGAUGAUGGCGAGGGCAGGGAGGUACCCUCACCCCCCUGUGAGAGAAAGCAGACAGAGGGGCUGUCCUCAGAGCUGCCUCUGCACACCACUGCUGACCAACUGACCAGCGGCAGUCUGAAGGAAGAGUUAGUCAGUAAGGCCAGCGUAGACGACGAAGGGUUUACCAAGGUCAGGGCUGUUUUGACAGUGCUGAACGAAGAUGGUGACAGUGACACCUCUGACCAUUGUUUCAAAUGUGUCAGUCUCCCUACCACAGUGGAAGAGGUAGAUUCCGGUUUGGAUGACUUAUCCCUUCGAUCCCAAGACACGACGGUGAUGGAAACCCUGUCCAAUGAUUUCAGUAUCGACAAUGUGAGUGACAGUGGUGCUUCAAAUGAGACAACAAAUGUGUCCCUGGAUUAUUCUUUGGGUGGGUCUCAGGAAUUCUCUCAACCGCAGACGCCCCAGGCUCUGACGCCCAGCGACAGGGAUGGAGAGGAGGGUCUUGACAAGAGGGAAGGAGGCCUGGGCUCACUCGGUGACGAAGAGUUAUACAGGCAGCGAUCCCCUCUGCCAUUGGACACUGAGCAGCAGCUUCAAUAUCAGGCGGAGAUAGUGGUGAAGAAUGCCAUCCAGCUCGCCCUGGCACAGGAGACCAACACAGCUACUGGGACAGGUGAAGGUGUUCUAGGUGGGCCUGAGUCAGAUUUGGGGAGUGAGCCAGCCGACGUUGCUCUGCCUAGGCCACAGACUGAGCUGUCACCACCACCUCCAGUGCAGGACCAGAGACUCCACAUUCCAAAGAAUCAGGCAGAGGCAGAGCCAGACCACCACAAGGACCAUUGCCUCCCAUCUCCCACGGCAACGACCAGACCGAGCAAUACCAUGGCGGUCGUCACAGGCAACAGUGGUGGCAGCUCACAGCCCUCGUUGUACAGGCCGGAGUUCAGCCCCUUCAGUGACGUUGCCAGUUACCUGGAGCCCACAGACUAUUCCAGAACCAAUGUCUUUGUCAGCCACUCACAGGAGCCGGAGGUCAUCGCCCAGUCCGGCCCCUUUAAGCUGCGCUCGCGCAGGCAGAAGACCCUGUCGAUGAUCGAGCAGGAGAUCAGGGCAGCCCAGGAUCGGGAGGAGGAGCUUCGCCGCCAGAGGGAGGUCCUGAAGACCGUGCAGAGUCCCCGCAGGAGCUCGGGGCCCCAGUCACCAUCACUGGUGUGUCCCCCCAGAGCAAAGGCCCCCGGGAAAAUGGAAAAAUCCAGUCCAGUGUCACCAGUGACAGAACGCCCGGUGCCCUCUCCACGGUCUGAUCCCACACCUGUGGAUCAGCAAACUUCAGGACAGUCUCGUUCCAGAGGCCUGAUGGAGACAUUACUGGAAGACUAUGAAGUACAGAAGGUUAAGCGGCGAGAGAGGCGGGACGAGCCCAAUGUACUGGAGGCGACCAGGGUGACCCGCCGAAAGAGCGCCAUGGCUUUGCGCUGGGAGGCUGGCAUUUACGCCAACCAUGAGGAAAAGUAGCAAACCUCGUCACCACUACACAAAAGGAAGGUCAAGAGUAUCUUGUUCUGUUACAUUUCUUUUGUUUUUGCUGUUGUUGCUGAAGCACAGAUACAAAGCGGCAUAUUUAUCCAUGCAAAGCCAUGCUGGGGCACACGGCAGAAACAUCCACCUUUGCAAGCACGAUGAAUUGGUAAACGGAGAGGUUCUUUGUUCUCAGACAUAUCCCAGCUACUGCAAAAAAUGAAAAGGAGACAAGGAUUGCCGGACAAUAACUGCAAAACCUGAAGAGCCAGUUACUUGUAUAUGUAUAAAUACUCCUCGCAUCCUUGUAUUUAAUUUUGCGUAGGCUAAGUUUAAUUCUCAGUCCCUCAGACUUCCACUGGUGUCAGCCUCCUUGUAAAUAGCCAUGGUAAUGUAUUGCAGAAGCUUUUAUUUUAAUUACAGCUCUCAUUUACUUACUAAUCCAAGAGGAAAUGUGGCUUACGUGAUGUGCAACAUUGUGGCUUUCAGGGAGCUUUGUCCAUGCAGCAACUUCAUUUAGCUGUGUUGGGUCAAGUCACUAACACCCACAACACAUCAAAACAACCUUCAUUCACUCUUUGAUACCUGCCCUUAAUUUAUACCGUUCAUAAUUUGCCAAAUUUGGCAAUGGCAAACAACUAUUCCAGAUGCUAACCCUAUGAGCCACAGGAUUUGUUUCUCAGUUCUUAAUUUAUUACUGCAUGUGGCGUUUGCCUUGAUCAGGAAUCAAUGGAAUAGUUGGACAAUGUUCUUUAUUACCACAGAAUGGGGUGGCUAAGUGCAUGGAGAGGGAGUUGCCCCAGGAUUCAUUUGCCUUGAGGUUGACUUGUAGCCAAGGCACCAUAAGGAUAGCCGUUCAGAGAAACAGACUUUGUUUUGCAAACACACAGGAAAAGUCAAACUAACCACUUACACAAAAGUAUCCUAAACCUUUUGAAAUCUCAUUGGUCUCAGGCUCUGUCUCUUACUCCGUUGCCCUCACAAAUGCCUAUACUUGAUUUCCAAUCAGAAUGUGUCUGUGUUGGGUGCAGUUUACUUACCAGGUGGUAACUUGGAAGGUGCUGGCCCAGAAAACUUCAGAAAAGGCAGACUCUGGCAUUGUGCGUACUUUUAAUCAAAAGAGCGUUUGGCUCCUUCAGAAAGUGUAUUGCAUAUACCAAUCUGUUGUAUAAACACAAGAGAUUCUACAGAGGCUGGAAAUCCAGAGCUACACCUCCAAAAUGCUGGAGGAAUUCAGCAGGUCAGGCAGCUUCUAAGGAGAGGAAUAAACAGUUAACAUAUUGGGUCGAGGAGAAGAAAUCUGAUAGGAGAGGACAGUGGAUCAUGAGAGGAAGAGGAAGAGGUGAGGCUCCAGAAGGAGGUAAUGGACAGGUGAGGAGAAGAGAAUGGGGAAGUGGGAGGGGAGAAAUUAUCAGAAGUUAGAGAAAUCUUUGUUCAUGCUACCCAGAUGGAAUAUGAGCCGUUGUGGUCUUUCAUGACAGUACAGGAGGCCAUGGACUUCCAUGUCAGAAUGGGAAUGGGAGGUCGAAUUGAAAUGGGUGACCACCGUGAAAUCUCACCUCUCGUGUAGACAGACCAGACGUGCUCGGCAAAGCAAUCCCCUCGUCUAUGUUAAGUCUCAAAGAUUUUUUUCCUCUUCAGCCCUUUAGCUCUUCAACCUAACCACCUCCCAGUUCCUUAAUUCAUCCUACACACUCCCUCAUCUGGUUUCACCUAUCACCUUCCACUUGUAGUUCUCUCCUCCCCCAACUUCUUAACAUGAUUCCUGUCCCCUUCCUUUCCAGUCCUGAUGAAGAGUCUCAGCCCGAAACGCCGAGUUUAUUCCUCUCCGUUGAUGCUGCCUGAGUUGCUCCAACAUUUUCUGUGCUGCUCCCAGUCUUUUUUUUUUAACUUUCUUCAGUCUUAAUACAGACAAAGUAGUGUAGUCAGUGAAGUAAGAAAGCAGAAAGUGCUGCUGUGAUAGUUGCAUGAAAUUGUUUUCUGCAGAUAACUGGUUAGAACAUGCAAAAGAAUUGUGGUGUUUAUUCCUGUGUAUUUUUAUCAAUUAAAGAUUGUUCAGGGCUGACAGUUUGACUGCAACUAACUCCAUGCUAAAGCGAAACCAUUAAACAGAUUAAUUAAUCCUUUAUUCAGUGUUAUGCAUCAUUAGCUCCUGUAUAGAAGAAUUGUGCCAGUAUUGAGACUUAAUGCUACGCAGCUUUUUGCCUUUUUAUGUGCAUGUGUCACGGAUGUUAAGUGGGACAAUAUAAACAUGGGCCGAAGCACAAUAAAGGAGUAGACAUUACCUCCUGGACUCCAACCCAGCUUAAAAAUGUUGAAUCCUCCUAAGAAAAGAAAAAUCUGUCCCGAUAUCAGCAGAUGUAUUUAGAAGUCUAUUACGAAUUAUGGGUCUGUUUUAUUCAUGUGUGUGUGUGUGUGUGUGUGUGUGUGUGUGUGUGUGUGUGUGAGUGUGAGAGAGAAAGUUUGUUCUAUGAAGAAAAUGAUUCAUCACUAAUCUAAAGAACCAACAGAUUUGAUGGGCAAUAUGAUAAUGACAGUGUGAAGAACUAACCUUGAAGAUAAUAGGAGAUACUAACCUAUCAUCAUACUUUGUGUUCUUAUAGAUAAAGAUCUGAAUUAUUACAGAUUGAAGUUAUGCUGGUGUAGCUGUGAUUUCACCCAAACAGUGAUGGUUUCUCUCAUUAUCCUAUUAACCGGAUUCAGUCGUGUUUUUUUCACAGGCCUGUGCAUGUUGAAUUAUUUGCUUGACACCAGUAAUGAUUGCAGACUGACUGAUGAUUGACUUCUUGUUCACUAUAAAAUCCUUGUGCUGAAUGCCCCAAGUGGUCUUUGUGAGAUCUCUUUAAGCCAUUUGACCACACUCCUGCACAGCUGAAUUUGUGAAAUAUUAAUGGGUAUUAUUUUUGGUUGUAUUUGGAGUUGCCAACCAGGGUAGCUGUAGUUUUGGGCAGUUUCUUUACAUAACUUCCCACUGGCAAUGCCCACCCUACUCCCUCAUUAUUGGAAUAUGAGCCGUUGUGGUCUUUUGUGACAGUACAGGAGGCCAUGGAUUGACAUGUCAGAAUGGGAAUGGGAGGUCGAAUUGAAAUGGAUGACCACGGUGAAAUCUCACCUUUUGUGUGGACAGAUCGGACGUGCUUGGCAAAGCAAUCCCCUCGUCUAUGUUAAGUCUCAAAGAUUUUUUCCCUCUUCAGCCCUUUAGCUCUUCAACCUAACCACCUCCCAGUUCCUUAAUUCAUCCUACACACUAUCCCAUAUCCUGUCCAAAGUUUUCAGAGUACAUUUAUUAUCAAAGUAUAUAUACAGUAUACAGGUCCGUGAGUCGUCCUCUCGCAGGUAGGCUCAAAAUAAGAGAACCUGAUUAAAGAAAACGUUAAACACCCAAUGCAUGAAAAAAGAACAAAUCAUGCAAACAACACACAGGACGUUAAAAAUCAGACCGAUUCAGUGCAGUUUAGCGUUGUGUCACUUACUGCAGGCCACAGUCAUAGAGGCAGUUCAGUGCUGAAGCACCUCAAAUAAAUAGCAAAAAAGUGUAACCAGAAACACUUGGACUAUUAACCGCAUUGUCCUCCAAAAAGAGUCCACAGCCAUGGACUCUGUGUACAGCGCUGAAGACAUUAAACACCAAAACGCAGAGUUCCACAAUUGAACCUUGUCGUGUGGGGCCCAAGACUGCUCCAGCAGCAGCAAGAGGGAGGCCAGACAAACAGAGGUGGACAGUGCUGAACGCCCACUUGCACUUAGCUCUUGUCCUUGUCCAUUUCAAUCUUGCUCAACACUUUAAUUGGCGAGGACUAACAGAGCCGACCAUGGGUUCGCUUUCCGCCAUUAGGAAACAAGGCCACACGCUCUGCUCUCAAACCCGCUGAAUUCCCCGGGAGAUAGCAAAAGUACAAGAUCACUUGGUCAGCCCAAAAAUACACCAUCGCAAUGGAAAUUACAGGCUGCAAUCAAUUGCAGUUCAGAAGCACAUUUAAAAGAAGAAAUAAUUGUUUUGUGAGCUGCCUGCAAACUGUUGCCAUUGGUCACAGGCCCCACCUUGAACAUCUUGAAUUGGGUAGCAAAAUGAUCUUUGCUACCUGAUUGGAUCGAUCUUAACUCUGAACCUUAGCUGAACAGCCUUUCAGCCCAUCCCUGCUGUUUUUAUUACAAUUGAACACAAAAUGCAAAUUAAAAUGAAAAACCCACACUUUUUUUUUCAAAUUCCCAAAUUAUUUUGUGCCCAAAUUAUUUGUUUUUUUUUUAAGAGGUUGAAAUGAAAUUAUGUGGGAUGGUUAGUCUUAUUUGGAAGCAGUGGCUGGUGAAGAUUCUAAAUGUGCAAGUCAGCUAGAUAGUUUUUUGAUGUGGCAGCCACUUGUUCUGCUUCGAGCUUGAAUGCAGGAUAUUGUCAAGGGCAGCAUUAGAAAGUAAAGUCUAUUUCUCAAUACAAGAAGUAUGACAGUCACGAGACUUAGCAGUUCCUCUGUGUGGUUUCCCUUCCUCAUCUAUUGGAAGUGCAAUGAUUCUGAAUUCUACUGACAAGGCCCUCAACUCCUUGAGGAAAGUCCAUCAUUAGCAACCCACAUUUGAGAUAGGUUAGCAUGGGUUAAUUUUGCCAAUGGUUAAUUGAGUUUUCCCUUUCUCUACCAAAAUGCAACAGAAAUUUCUGAUAAGUAUUUUUAGAGAGAAAUAAUUAACAAAAAUAUAAAGAAAGAGAGUGCAGAGUUUCUGAAAAUGUCGUAAUCUGGAGAAUCAUUAGAAUGGUCAAAGCAAUGACUUUGCCCAGAAGAACUUAAGACGGCCAUGAUACUGUAGAUAGAAGUACAAAGAAUGGUGCAUAUUCCUCGGGUCAGCACUUCAACAUGUGAUCUAGCACCCUUCACUGAUGCUCUACAGACACGAAACCAAAUCAUACCAUUGCAUCUGGGGAAUUUUAGUGCCGUUUAUCGACUUCAGAAUUAGUACAACUAAUAGUGACCGGGAAAUUGCUUCUGGGCCACUAAUGACCCUUUACAGGGAAAGGAAAUCUGUAUCAAAUGCUAUGCCACACCUGGAGCCGUGUACUCAACACGAUUCCUAAUCAAUGGUCAAGGGAGCCAUUCAGUUCAAGUGCAGUUAAAAGUCAGGCAAUAAAUACCAGCCUCAUCAGAUUCCAUGAAUGCAUGCAUGUAAAACAAAGCUAACAACAAUAGCUUCUGUGCAAGUUGCUCCUGGCACUACAAGUCAUAAUGAUGACCAUACCCUUUAUGUAAAGAGGCAAACUCCAAUGAUUCUGAAUGUUUUUCCUAAACCUCAAGGGCUGAGAUAAAAGGAAAUGUCAGAAAUUUCCAACAACUCUUUGACUGGAGUGCCAGUGUAAGUGACACAGCUUGAUAUUUAUAGUACUCCACAGUGCAGAUGUUCUAAUUCUCUUUCACUACAAACUGAACUUGUCUCCCUAUAAAAGUAGGAGACCAUGGUACAAUGUUCUCAGUGACAUUUUCACAAGGCUCUGCACUAUUUGAAUGCAGUGUCUCCUUUGCACACAAAUACUGCCUCAGUUUGUAACAAGAAAGAAAGAAAGAUGAGGGUUAUGUUUAGUUCAUUGAGGGGUUUGUUAUGCUGAGUUCCUCUGUGUGAGUAAACAUACUGGCAAGUUCAGCUCUCAGUCAGGAUCAAUAAUGCCAUCUUCUCAUUAAAAUAUAUAAAUACAUCCAAAUCAAGGGGGCACCAUGCCUCAGCAUUUACUGCCUCACAGCUUCAGAGACUCAAAUUUGAGCCUGGUGCUAUCUGCACUCAGCCAAUGAACAGUUUCUCCUGGGAACUCCACUUUUCUCCCACAUCUCAGAGACAUACUGUAGGUUAACUAGAUACUCCAAAUUACACCCUACUGCAGAUGGUUGGCAAAAGAGUCAACUGGCAUUUGAUGGACACUUGAGAGAGGAGUUGUUGCAGGGAAAUAAAGAAGGUGAAUGGGAAUGAUGGGGUAGUAUGGUUGGAAGCCAUGGGCUAAAUGGCCUCCUGUGUCAUAAUAAGAAAGAAAUUUAAUCUGAGUCAUCAGCACAGAAAUAAAUCACUCAGCCCAAGUUUGUCAGUGUUUAUUCUUGGGGAGGUGAGAGGGAUAGGUAACUCUACGUGUUGAUGUUGCUGCCUAACCCUUUGCAAAGAAGUACUUCCUUCCAAAAUUCAGCCCCAUCAUUUAAAAGAAAGGAAUGCAAGUUAAAUCAAACACCCAACUCUUGUUUAGGAAAAUAAUUUACCAGAGGAAAAGAAGAAUCAAGGUUCUAUCUGAGGAUCCACUCCACUGCCAUCAGGAGCGAAAUUAAUAUGUAUGUCCCUGUGUUGUCCAUUGAGUUAUAUAAAAAUUAACACACUAAGACAGGCAACUUAGCUCAACUAGCUAAUACAAGUAUCGGUGCUCCACAAAAAAACUCUUCCCAUAUUACUUCAUCUCACCUUAUCACCAUAUCCCUUCUCUCUUUAAACACACUUAAGCCUGUCACAUCAACUGCUUCAGGACAGCAGUGUGUCCUACCUUCUAUUGUCCUUCAAUUCCUUCCUCAGUGGAAUAUUACUCUACCCCAUCAGCUUUAGUGCCAUUUCUUUCCUUCCACUCUGAACCAGAGAAAUAGAUGCACACUUUUGGGGCAAUUAAUUUCCGCUUACAAAGCUUAUACUACAGCAGGAGGGAACUAGGGCACAAUGUAAUUGAUAAGAUGGGCAUUAAUCAUUAUAUAUAUGUCUGUUAACUUGACCAAAAUGAUGGUAAAGGGUGGUAUAAUAUCUACAGUGACAAUCAAAAAUAUUGUAGAUGCUGGAAAUCUGAAGUAAAAACAGAGUAAUUCUCAGCAGGUCAGGCCACUUCUGAGGGAAGAGAAAUUUGUAAAGUUCAGUUGGAAAACCUUCUUCAGAACUGGGAGGAAGGUCAAAGAAGCUGACUAAGCCAGGGGAGGUGCGGAAGUCUAUGAAAGGGUAAAACUGGGGUGACCAUAAGAUUAUCUGGACAAUGAGUGAAUGGGAGCAAUAAGAUAAUUAGAACAUUGGACAAAGGAUGUAAGUGUUGUGAAGUGCAGAGCAGGGGGGUGUGCCCAGCAGGUCAGGCUUCAAUCUUCAGCUUGAAAUGUUAAUUCUGUUUCUCUUCUCAUAGAUGCAGCCUAAUCUGCAUUUCUAGCAUUUUUUAAAAUCUCUAUUCAAUAUUUUUUGACAGGGAUGUAAAUGCAUAAAGGCCAAGUAAUAGCUCAAUUUACCACAUUCUUCUGUGUAAAUGAUAAAGUAGGAUAGACGGGGCAAGUUAUAACAAUAUAAUUUAUUGAUCUGCAUACCAACAGCUAUGCCACGAGGUCUGGGUAUACUGUAUGUUCUAGCAAAAGUGUUUUACUGAAGAAUAUAAGUGCUGCACGAUGUGAUGUGUUUGCUGAAACAUGACCUGUUAUGAUAUAGAAUGCAUUACUAUGCAGGGUAUAUGUAUUAAUGUAGGAGACAUAUGACAAUAAUUAGAGUAUAAAGUUAUAAUAUAUGUAGUAAUGUAGUAUUCUUUGAAGUAGUAUAGAAUACAUGCUACAAUUUUAUGGUAAAUCUGAUUAUAUAUGAUUUUUGUGAUCAAUUUAGACCUAUGAAAUAAAGUAGGGCAUAUGUGAUGAAGCAAGGUGUGAUAUCAAGUGGUACAGUGGCCACUCAGACAAAAGCAAUCUUCAGUCAGUCAGUCAAACUGAUAGGAGCUCCUGUUUGACACAGAAUCUACAAUGUUUUCCCAUUGACUCUUUAACAUAAUUGGUGAGGCAGAUUGGUUGGAACAGUGCAGAUUUUUUUUUCUGUGGGUAAUGCCAAAGUAUUAAAACUUUAUUUUCUAGAUCUGUUGUUAUGAACUUUUAUUAUGUAGCUAAUCAAACAAUGCCUAAACUUUAUGGAAUUAUAAAUAUAUUUUCAAGUGAAUAUUGGCUUGGUAUUUUUAUAAGGAGAACUCCAAUGGAGUGUCAAAGAUGUUUAUCACUAUGCAGAACAAUGUUGAAAUAAAA